AUGUUCAGUCCUUUCGGCAAUAGUCCUGCUGCUGCUGCGAAUCCGCCUCAGUCGCCAUCCGAACCGCCUGGAGCUCCUAGCUCUGGUCCUGUUGAUAGAUCGAGAACUGCAUCACCAACAAAACCGGGACAAGGAACUCUGUUGACAAUUCAAGGCAAAAAAAUGGCUGCUGCUAGAUCUAGAGCACAGACUCCUACGCUAGAGGCCUCCUCGGCUGACACAUCGCUCAAUAUUGAUUCAGCAGAAGCUGGCAAUGGCAAUGUUAUCACGGCCUCAAGCCAGAACCCUGUUUUAGCUACCCCCACAUCUGAGCAGAAGGACGAUAACGGCUAUCACUCCUCUUCCCACUCUGACAGAGGUCCCCAAGGCGACUAUCAUCCUUCUUCUCACUCAGAGCCGGACGACGAAGAAGAAGAGGACGAAGGUUCAGAGUUCGAAUCAAAGAAACCGCAAUUCAUUCCGAUCAGAACAACAAUCACAGCCGCUCCAAGUCCACAAAAGCCCAACCAAGUAGGCACACCACGAAUGAUGAUAAAACGAGUCUCAAUGACAAACGUCACCACCUCACCAAUCUCUGGAAGCAAAUACGUCAACGUCCCCGGGGUCUUGAUCGGCAGUCGAACUUUCCGUGACCGAUCUAACAUAAGGAAACCCAUCUCAUUUGAAACCAUGCCGGUAGCCGUCUCUAAGAGACGCGGUCUCUCAAAGAGAGAGCAAAUCAGAAGAAGUAGACAGGAAGAGAGGAACGAACGAUUCGCCAUCGCACCAAAGAGGCAAUCACUCAGUCGGAACGCGAAGAACACAGCCCAAGGACGAUUUAAAGAAGAACUAUCAGAUUACGACGACCUCUUCUCCUCGGAUGAAGGAUCCGGAGCGAUGUCAGGUGUAGGCAGUGAUGAAGACGAAAGGCCAAAGAGGAGGACAGCAUCUUCAAGAGCGGCCCCUAAGAGAAGUAUCUUUGAGGAACCCGAGAACGAAGACAUGACCAGGGCCCAGAUACGCGCCGCUCUCACAGCUGAAACCGCUCGACGACGUAGCAACUUCCUUAUCACUCACAAAGACACUUUCCAGCCGUUGGUUGGCGAUAGCAACUACCUAAAGAAGCUCGAGGAAGAAUAUGGCAGCACCGUCGAAUCACCGAUUCCGUUCGAGCUAUUAGAAAGCCAGCCCAAAGAGAUCCAAGCUACUAUGAAACCUUACCAGGUUGAGGGUCUCUCCUGGCUUCUUUGGUUAAAUAAGAAUGGCCUUUCAGGUAUCCUGGGGGACGAGAUGGGUCUCGGAAAAACCCUUCAGACGUUAUCCCUAUUCUCCUUUAUCUCUUCCCAGGCUGCUAGCGAAAUCGACAAAUCGCACCCACAUCGACCUUUCCUCGUUGUCUGCCCAUUGAGCGUCCUUACAAGUUGGGUCAACGAAGCGAAAAAGUUUGUCCCACAUUUACGAGCUAUGCGACUUCACGGACCGAUCAAAGAGCGUAUGCGGUUGAAGCGACUGGCUGAGAAGGGCCUAGAGAGCGGCAAGGACGGAAGCGAAAACCCAGUACAUCCAGAAAAUCCCAAGCGUGGCUGGGAUAUCAUCGUUACCUCGUACGACACCUUCGUAGCCGAGAAAGUCUGGUUCAAAAGGGCCUUUAUUUGGCGAUACGUUGCUUUGGACGAGGGGCACCAGAUUAAAAAUUCCGAGACGUUAUCUUCCCAGUCUCUUCAAUCCAUUAACGCUGAAUACCGUCUGAUCCUCACCGGUACCCCUAUCCAGAACAACUUGUUCGAACUUUGGUCUUUAGUUCAUUGGCUGUAUCCCGAAGUGUUCACUAAUCGUACAUGCGACGAAUGGCGUCAGGCCUUUGAUCUAACUCGCGGGAAAGUUGACACCAGCUUUGUUGACUGUUCUCGCAAUUUGUUGGAGCUUAUCAUGAAGCGGCGCACAAAACAAUCCCCAGGAAUCAGUCUUGGCAUUCCAGACAAGGAGGAAGUCAUCCUCUACGUCCCGCUUUCACCCAUGCAGAGGAUGUGGUACACAAUGAUCCUUACAAAACUAGACAAUCCUAUGCUCGAGCGUCUCUUUAAAAACUCCAAGGAUAAAGAGUCCGUAGAUAAAACCGCCGCCAAAGAAGAGGCUAGACGACUCGACAAUGUCGAAAUAAGGGUCGACAACGAUGGCGAGGAGGUCACUAUCAAGGCGGACAAUGAAGAAUGGAACGAAGUGCAGGAGGCCGUCAAGAAGAGCAUUGAGCAGGUCAAAUCCGACCCUUCGUGGCGCAAACUCAUGAACAUUCUUAUACAACUCCGCAAAAUUUGCAACCACCCCUAUCUCAUCCCUGCCGCAGAGCCUGAGCCGUACCAACUUGGACAGCACAUCAUCACCGCAUCAGGAAAGUUCAUGGUUUUGGAGAAACUUAUCAGACAACUAGUUAUCUUACAAGGCCGUAAGGUGUUGAUAUUUUCCAACUUUACAAAAACGCUAGACAUCUGUGAAGAGUUUUUACAAAUCAUUGGCGGCGAUGGCUCUCAAUUCGAGUACUUGCGAUUGGAUGGAUCGACAGGCCGGGCGCGCAGAAAUCUUAGUAUCAGACUGUUCAACCAGGCCGGAUCUCCAUACAAGGUAUUCUUGAUUUCGACCAAAGCCGGUGGUUUGGGUAUCAACUUGACGAGUGCGACAGAGGUGGUCAUGAUCGAUGCUAACUGGAACCCACAAGCCGACUUGCAAGCAAUGGCAAGAUCGCACCGUAUCGGCCAAACCAAGAAGGUAACUGUCUACAAACUUGUUACACAAGGUACGGUAGAAGAGCAAAUGAUUGGACGUAUCCAGAAGAAGCUGUACCUGUCUGCCAAAGUUACGGAGUCGAUGCGCGACAUCCAUGGCUCCAAAAAGCCAGCCGUUGGCCCCUCUUCUGUCGCGGACGAAGAAGACGACGCGCCUAAGUUUACUAUGAAUCAAUUGAUGACCCUCGUCCGACGUGGAGCUCAAGCGAUUGCGCGACCCGAAAUUGAUCCAAAGGAAAUGAUGGCAUGGGACUGGGAAACAAUGUUGGAGAAAUGCAAGAAUUAUACGGUUGUGGAUCAUGACGGAGAUGACCAGGAUGAAGAUGAGACGACAAAGAAGGAACGCGAAGAGGAAUGGUUGAAUAGUGCUGAGAAGGUAGAGACAAGGCUUUUUGAGGGAAAGAAAAUGGGCAAGGAAGAAAUGGAGAAGCAAGUCAAGGCUGCUACAGAAGCCGAGCUGGAUAGGAGCGACAGACGAGCAGGAAAGAAUCGAACUGUCAUGGUUGACGGAUACGAGGUCUUGAAGGAAACAGUCGGGAACGAUCAAUGGGAAGCAGUAGCUACCAUGGCCGGGAAAGAUCCUCGUUUGAAGGAUCCACCAAAGCGAAAGAAGGCCAAGAUCACCAAUCAGGACUACUGCCAAGUCUGUACCGACGGUGGAGAUAUCGUCUGCUGUUCGAGUUGCCCACGUUCCUACCACUACGAUUGUCUCGAUGAAGAGCACAAGUACAAGAGUAAUGGAAAAAUGCAGUAUCAUUGCUCGCAGCAUGAGUGCCACGACUGUGAACAGAAAACAUCAGACGCUGGUAACAUGCUUUACCGAUGCCGCUUCUGUGAACGUGCUUACUGCGAGGAUUGCCUCGACUUCGAUAACGCUAAACUUAUUGGAGACGAAAUCCUGGAAUACCAACUUCUCGAUUACUAUGCCAUUCCACAAGCCUUCUAUGUUGAAUGCCACAAUUGUGUUGAAAGUCGAAAGGAUCCCGAGUACAAUGCUACCUGCCUUAACAUCAUCAGGGAAGCAGAAGAGGAGCGCGAUCGAAGACAGAAAGUAAAAGAGGAAGAAGUCGCCGAGGCGAAGAAGAAGGCUGAGAAGAUGGAGGUUGAGAGCAUGACGGACGGUACGACAAUUGCCGGUGGAAGUAGUGGAAUUAUCACGCCUGCUGGGGAAGUUGACGGAGACAACAACGUCAUCAUAGUGGAUGCCGAUGAUGUCGAUUCGACUGAGACCACGGGCGGAAAGAAACGAAAGACGAGGGGGAAAGCGGCGGUCAAGAAAGAGAAUGUUAAGGUGGGAAGAGGCAAAGGUACUCGAAAGGGGAAGAAGGCAAAUGUGGACGCUGAGGGGGAAGAAGGCGAAGAGGACGGUGGAGUGAAAGACGAGGGAGAAGAAACCGCGACCUCUACGAUCAGUGCGAAGAAAAGCAGGGGUAAAGGGAAGAAACAAGAGAACGGGGUCAAAACCCCUCGGGGCCCUAUGCCCAAAAUAUCAGUGCCAAAGAAGGGUGGAGAGGUCAAUGGAUCGGGACAAAAGGUCAAGCAAACUGGGUUGGACUCCUUCUUCUCGAAGAAACCAGCCAUUGCUACCGCUGGCGUUAGAAGCAGCCCAAGAAAGAGAAAGGACGUCAAUCAAAACCUUGGAGGAGACGAGAUCAGUGGUACUUCCACACCCGUCAAUGGAGCUAAUGGGGGCGGUAGCGUGAGUGGUCGAAGCACCCCUAGCAGAGGUGCUAAGAGAAUCAAUGAAGGCGAAGAGGAGGUUAAGGGCAGGAAAAAGGUGAAGGUCUAA